AUAAUGGGAGUCUUUCAAGGUCUGUGUAAAUAAAUUCACCCUCCAAGUAUCCUGAGCCUGUUCCACUAAUACAGCUUGGUGGAUCUUUCAUACCUGGUCUGUUUCUUAUUUAUGUAGGUUUGGUGCUCUCAACGGCCUUUGCAAGACAUGGCCUCUCUACAAUAAAAUUCUGGAUUCUACAUUGUUACCAACAUGGGGGCUACUUUGCAAAUUUUACCCAAUUUGCAGAACCCAAUCAUGGCAGCAUUUUGCCCCAAACUAUUAAACAGCUUUGGGGGCGAGCUGAUUAGACCAGAACAGCCAUGUUUCGGAACAGUCUCAAGAUGCUUCUUACGGGUGGGAAAUCAAACCGCAAAAACAGAUCAAGUGAUGGAGGAAGCGAGGAACCAUCAGACCGAAGGCAGGCAAGCAUAGACUACUGUCAGAGCCAUUCUGGGCAAGGUGGCAGCUCCACAGAGAACGACUGUGCUUUUGAACCAGAGUAUGCUAUCCCAACACUCCCAGUGCCUGAAGGUAUGCAGCACAUUCGGAUUAUGGAAGGCAUGUCCCGCUCUCUCCCAUCCUCCCCAUUACUAACACAUCAGUCUAUCAGUGUUCGGCUCCAGCCCAUGAAGAAAUUAACUGCUCCUCUAAGGAAGGCAAAAUUUGUUGAGAGCCCUCGAAUUCCAGAAUCUGAGCUUGGCUCACCAACUCUCACUUCUGCACCAAAACUGGACCUUGAUGCCUACUGCCCUGGUGAAGCUGAGCCGGAACUGGGACCCCCUCCAUCUGUAGAUGAGGCAGCAAACACACUCAUGACUCGCCUGGGCUUCCUCCUGGGAGAGAAAGUCACGGAAGUGCAGGCUGGGCAGCAGUACAGUAUGGAAGUACAGGAGGACAAUCAGACCUCAGCAGUGUCCCAAGAAUAAGUCUUGUUCCACGCUGACCAGUAGCACUGCUUCACCACCUGCCAGUAGUCCCUGCUCCACCCUCCCUUCAAACUAGCACCAAGGAUGUUAUAGCAAAAGACUGCAGUUAU